AGGAGGAGCUAAACCUCUCCGCUCUGAGUUUGUCAGUUUCCCAAAUAUAGCGGACGAGGAUCUGUCUGCGUCUUUGUGCCGGAGACACUUUGAUUAAAAAAGCCCGAGUUUGCUGAAGCGCCGGCGGGGCCAGCGGGGACUCUAAGAGAAAGAAUCUGUUUUAUCUCUUCUGCAUCUUCACUCCACGUCAGAGACUGAAGAUCUUCCAGCGGUUCAUACCAAACACGUCUAGCAAGCCAUGCCAAGCUGAUGCUGGAGUAACGGUCACUCACAGCGGGACUAUGUGUUAAGGACUGUCCGUUGAACUCUUAACUACGUGGAACCCACUGAUACUCUUCUCCAGCCGUUAGUGGACGUCGCCUUGGCAAUGGGGAGGAAGAAGAUUCAGAUCACCCGGAUAGUGGACGAGAGGAACCGGCAGGUGACUUUCAUGAAGAGGAAGUUUGGCCUGAUGAAGAAGGCCUAUGAGCUGAGCGUUCUGUGUGACUGUGAAAUCGCCCUCAUCAUCUUCAACGGCUCCAACAAACUGUUUCAGUACGCCAGCACCGACAUGGACAAAGUCCUGCUGAAGUACACCGAGUACAACGAGCCCCACGAGAGCAGGACCAACUCUGACAUUGUGGAGGCCCUGAAUAAGAAGGAGCACAGAGGCUGUGACAGCCCCGAUGGGGAGGCUUCCUACACCCUCACCCCCAACACUGAGGAGAAAUAUAAGAAGAUUAAUGAGGAGUUUGACAAUAUGAUGAAGACUCAUAAAAUUUCCACAGUCCAUCCACAGCAGCACUUCAUGCAUGCAGCACCAGGUAGCAUGGCAUACGGCCCCGCAGGGGGGGCCACCUCCCAGGCUCUAGCCGCAGCCACGGCGGCUCUGGCUGAUAGCGGGAUACUGUCCUCACCUCACACGCACCUCCACAGAAACCCUCCACAGAGACCUCCCAGCACUGGAAACACAGGUGGCCUGCAGGGAGGUUCUGAUUUGACUCAGCAAAAUGGAUCUGGACCAGCUGUGAACGGGUUUGUGGGUUCACCUGGUGGAAGCAGCUUGGGGAAGAUCAUAGCAGCGAAAUCUCCUCCGCCCCAUCCACAUCCUGGGAACAGCCUCCCCGCCAGCCGCAAGACAGACCUGCGUGUGGUCAUCCCUCACUCCAAAGGGAUGAUGCAAACACUGAGCAACCAGAGGCUGAGCAGCAGUCAGUCCAGUCAGCCUCUCUCCACACCAGUCGUCUCCAUCACGACACCCAGUCUGCAUCAGAGUGUGGUCUACUCCAGCAUCGGCUCUGCAUACAACAAUGAUUACUCCCUGAGCAGCGCCGACCUGUCAGGCUUCAGCUCUGCUGCAGGCCCCUCUCUGAGCUCUAUGUCAGCAUGGGAGCAACACCAGCUGAGCUCCUUGGGGUCAUUAAGCUCCAACCUCUCCAUCAGCGCCAACCACAACGUCAACGUCAAAGCCGAGCCCAUCUCUCCACCCCGCGACCACCUCAGCCAAUCCGGGUACAUGACCCAUCCUCAUGCCCCACCUCAUCCGCACUCCUCCGUCUCCUCGUCCAUCCAAGCAGAGAUGGGGAGGUCCCCCGCAGACAGCGUCAGCUCUUCCUGCAGCUCCCACGAGGGCAGCAGUGACCGGGAGGAGCAGCACCAGCAGCACCAGCAGCAGCAGCAGCGGCGGCGGCAGGACUUCCACUCGCUCCCCGUGAGUCGGUCGGAGGGCAGGGAGAGUCCCACCAUGAAGCGAAUGAGAAUGGACAGCUGGGUGACAUAGAUCCUGGCGUCACAUGACGACACGGCAACAGGGCAAACACAGGAAGGACACUGUUAUGCAAAUUACAUGUGGAUUUUAUCGUUGUGUUCUGUUUAUGUUUAAUUACCUUUGUUUUUUUGUUUUUUUUUUGUUGUUUCUUUCUGUCAGAUUUUAAAGAGGAGUUGAGUUACAUUAGCCUGAACACUUUGUAUCAGAGAAACACGUCACACUGUCAGAAAAUAUUGAGUCGUACUUCGUAAAAUCACACUUUAAAAAAAAAAAAGAAAAAGAAAAGAAAGACAUCAUCCCAGGCUGACAAUGUGGGUCCAACUUCAGUACAGUCGGUUGUUUUCUCACCCAGUGGGACGCAGUUCUGAACACACAAGAAUGAAAAACCAUGACGGGCCAAGUCUUAUGAGUUCGUGAUGAGGACAUGCGAACCCCCGCCCCCUCCCACUGGGUGCCAAACAAUUCAUUUCUGAUCUUCUCAGGGUUUGAAACAUUCAUUGAGUCCAACAUGAAAGCAAUACCCCUCAUCAUCAUCAUCAUCAUCAUCAUCAUCGUCAUCAUCAUCUCUUCUAACACUUAUUUAUAUCAGCCAAAGCAGUAUACUGUUUUUAUGUUGUUGGGUGUGUUUUUAUAUUGUGCACAGAAUAAUUCAGAUUCAAAACUGAAAGCCAUGAACACUUGUUCCGUAUGUACUACCGAAUUUUUUUUUUCUUCUUGUUUUGUAUAUAGUAUCUUUAAUAUAUAUCACUUUUGGUGUAACUGUAAA